AUGGCUGACCGAGACUCAUCCGCCAAUAAUUCUAGAUAUUCAAGAUCGACCGAAGGUAUUCCCCAGUUCGGAAGCUUUGGCCCCCUCCCAGCUGGGCAAAGGACCACAGUUUCCAGCAACCCCCAACGAGUUACGGAAGAUACGUUGACACAAUACAUGGAUGAGCAAAGUAAGAAUUAUGACAGAUCGCAACGAGAAAUCGAAGCUUUGACGGCCUCCUCCUCUUCAAGAGCCCAAAACACCUCCUCCGUACCAAAUUCCGGCGCUGAAGGUGGCCCUAGCAACGAGACACGACCAUUGACGAGCUUUGAUAUCAGCGUUGGAUAUCACCACGCAUACAGUAGGGAUCCAGGCAACGUCGCUGGCUCCACAGACCUCACUACCACAGGAGGUGGUCCGUCCAUCGAUCCUCCUUGGUAUGAUCAACAAAAGAAGGAAUGA